CCAUGAAUCGACGCUCGGAACAGGGGCAACAAUAAUUUUGAAUUUGUACCUCAAAAUGGAAUGGCAACUCAUUUCCUUAGCGAUCCUUGUUAUCUGCUCGAUGCAAACUGCCCCUGUUGAUUCCUUUGGUGAAGCUUUCGCCGGGAUCACAGGGAGAGUACCUGAGAAUCUCUCUUUUCCGCCUUCCACAUUGGAUGGAACAAACAUCGACCCUUCCAAGUCGAACGUUGAUUUACAAUGUGUAUACAAAGCCUCAAGAGACGGUUGGUCGGCACUUGAUUUUCACGAAAAUGUUGACUCACGUGGCUCUGCCCUUGUUGUUUGCCUCUCGAAAUCUGGGAAAAAGUUCGGCGGCUACUGUCCAACGGUGCGUAGUUUCAAACUUUACAUACGAUGCGCGGAGACUUGAUCUAAAAGAUUCCCUUGCGUUCUACUGUAUAAUUUUUCUGAUGUUUCGGGUUGCUGCUGUUGCUGCUGUUACUCUUUCAUCGGAAAACUAAAGGGAUGGUUGAGUACCGACGACUACGUGUCGUCAAAUGCGGCAUUUUUGUGGUUUCAGCGAGGGAAUGAAGCCGUCAAGUGCCCCGUGAUGCAAGGUGGCAACGCAGCACUUUUUGACUACGCCAGUGCCGGUCCUGUUUUUGGAGCUGUAGGUCAACUAUGUUCAACUACCUUUUAUUUGCAUUGUACCGAUCAUAUUCCUCGAUACAAUUCACGACAUCUUUCGUCAUUUUCGUUUUGACCCUUUUCGAAAACAGGCAGACUUGAAAAUUGGAGAAUCACAGGCAGCAAUCAUGGGCGGAUUUGCUGGUCCUGACAUGGAAGAUCGGUCCCUUAGUGCUGGGAAUUUGAAGCAAGGUAGCUCAUCAGUGGGUGGUGCUUACGACGAUGUUGACAAUGGUUGGCCCGUUCGUGGAAAAUUUCAGCUCGUUGAAUUGGAAGUAUAUGCAAAUGCGAAUAUUCAGCCUUCCGGCCAGAGAGCAGGAGGGGGAUUCAAGCUAUGGCCCUUUUGAUGGGUGAUAUUCUCAAUAUCAACCACAACCAUAACAAGCAGUACCAUCCGGUGCAUGUGCAAUUGAUGUUGACUCUAACUAGCAAACAACAAUCGCCUUCCUUGGUUGGCGGAUUUGGCAAAUAUAGAAAUUUGAAAUUUGGCAAUACAACCUCAUCACUUUUGAGAUUGACGUGAACUGAUUUAAAUAUCAAAUGAAAUAUCUUCCUUCAAAACACGAAAGAGAUGGAGAAACAACUCCACCGACGAAAAAAAGAAACCAAAUGAAAUUAAAGCGACGUUUGACUUCUUGAAUAAAGAUUAUCAAAGCUA